AUGGCAGUGGCAUAUGAAUAUUUUUUUAAUUUGUCUUAUAGCUAGAAAUUUAUAAAACUACAAAAAAGACGAAAUGUGUUAGAAUUGGAACAUAUUUUUCGCUUAUAAAUUUAACUUUAACUUAUUAAUUAGCAUUGUAGACGUAGGCUUAACAUUACCAAAAUGUUUAAUAAUGCGGCAUAUGUGUGUAUAAUUUAUUUUACUGCCGCUCUAGUCUUAACGCUAGCCGGAAGAGAUUUUUAUCAAAUACUUGGUGUAUCCCGAUCGGCUAAUACCAAUGAAAUUAAAAAAGCUUACAGAAAAUUAGCGAAAGCUCUUCAUCCAGACAAGAACCAAGAUGAUCCAAAUGCAUCCCAAAAGUUUCAAGAUCUCGGCGCAGCUUACGAAGCUCUGUCCGAUCCGGAGAAACGAGAAUUAUAUGACCGGUGCGGCGAAGAUUGCCUUAAAAAGGACGGCAUGAUGAACAAUAACGAUCCCUUCGCGAGCUUUUUUGGCGAUUUUGGAUUUCAUUUCGGUGGUGAACCACAACAGCACGAGACACCACGCGGUGCUGAUAUUGUUAUGGAACUUACUGUUUCUCUGGAAGAACUUUACAAUGGAAAUUUCAUUGAAAUAACGAGAAAUAAACCAGUAAUAAAACCUACAUCUGGAACAAGGAAGUGCAAUUGUCGUCAAGAGAUGGUUACCAGAAACUUGGGUCCAGGCAGGUUCCAAAUGAUGCAACAGACUGUUUGUGAUGAAUGUCCUAAUGUAAAAUUUGUUAAUGAAGAAAGACUUCUAGAAAUUGAGGUUGAAGUUGGUGCUCCAGACGGUCAUAAAUCUAAGCUCAGAGGUGAGGGUGAACCUCAUGUUGAUGGAGACCCUGGGGAUUUGGUCAUUGUAUUUAGAACGGAGAGGCACCCACAGUUCACAAGGCGGGCAGAUGAUCUGUAUACAAAUGUCACUAUUUCAUUACAGGAUGCUUUGACUGGCUUCACAAUGGAAUUAGUACACCUUGAUGGACAUAAGGUAACAGUGUCCCGGGAUAAAGUGACAUGGGCCGGCGCACGUGUGCGUAAGAAGGGUGAGGGCAUGCCAAACUUUGACAAUAACAAUCUCCAUGGUAACCUCUAUGUCACGUUUGACAUUGACUUUCCUAAACAGGACUUCAGUGAUGAAGACAAGGAAGCAUUACGGAAAAUACUCAAUCAGAGUCAAAAUAAUAAAAUAUACAAUGGACUAUAGUACUUAUUCUGCCAAUAAUUUAUUAAGUAGUGAAUUGAGUGCAAUGUUAUGAAGAAAGUGCGCAUAUAUGGAGGCAUUUUUGUGUUACCUGUGGACAAUGUGAUUGUUUUUAUAAAAAUAAAAUCUUACUACUCUUAA